AUGGCCUCCGAACUGGGAAUCACCACUCGCACGCCAGGCUCUUCGAGUCCCAUUUGGCGGCAGCGGGGCCGUGAGGUGCCACCACAGCAGAGGACUCUGCGGAGCUCGCUUUCAAACACUACAGGCUAUGGCUUUGUGCGGCCAGCAGCCAUCUCAACCUUAGCCUGGCUACGUCGGGGAAGGCGCCGCCAGCCUCUGCGACGGGCACAGCGGGCGACACCGGUUUUUGCGCCACUGCGUGGAACUGUUGCUGCAGAUGGUGAGGAUCCGGAUGUCGUUGCGGAGCAGAUCAGAGGGAGUCCCGACAUAGCCUGCCCUUUGUCACGCAGGCUGAAGGACGUGGUUUUUGUGAAAGAGAUGAGAGACGCCAUGGCUUCAGGGGAAUUUGCCGUCAGCCUUUCGGGGGCCCAGCAGUUGGCCCUCAUCGAUUAUCAGAAUCUGUGCAACAAGUUGCACAAUUUCGCCUGCAAGCUUGAGCAGGACGAGAUUGAGACCGACGUGCUGAGCCCGUUGGAGCGGGCCAAGAACUUAGCACAGCUGUCAAAGAUUUGCAUCUUGGCGGGCUUUCAUUAA